AAUCGAUACUUCAGUACAUCAGCUUGCGCGAACGAAAUGAGUGCUACACUUGUAAGCAUUGCUGAGGAGGAUUUCUUCGGCACAGUGAUCCGAUAUGGACUAUACGUCGGAGCGAUAUUCCAAAUGGUUUGCUUAGCAGCCUGCAUAGUACUUCCGGAUUCAUCUGGAGGCGGUGACGGCUUCAAUGGAACAAAGGGCAACGACAGUGAAGAUUCCAGCUCGGAGCAUUCAUCACCGCAGAACACCCCCAGACGUCCAUACCACCGAAGUCGGAAACAGGACAAGAAAAAGAGGCGUUAAAUUAACAGUCACGGAUACUGGAUUUUCAAGCUGUCGUGUAAUGUUUAGGUGUUGAUUUUUAUACAUGGUAUUAAUUCUAGGAUUUUAUUAUAGAACGGUUCUUUUUUAGUUUUUUAAUCUCAGACAGAUUAAGUACUAAACGAUAUAAAAAGUAUUGUCAUUGAUUACCUUAAAAAUAGUGAUUCACUUCAAUCCCUUCCGAUUAGUAUUUGCAGAUUUCUUUCUGUUUCGUUCAAAAACGUAAUAAAUUCAAAAGAAAUUAUUUAUUCUGGAAAAAAAGA